AUGAAAACCCUCACUGAGGAGUGGCCAUUUUUGUUUCAGGAAAUCUAUAAAGAUCUCACAGGGAUACCACUUAAAGAGACCUUCCUGAACAGCAUCGACCGAAAAGGAAGCAGGCUGUUGAACUUCAUGAAGAAUGUUUGUGCAACCAAGAACAAUCGUGUCUUACAGACUGUCACAAAACUUCAAGUUUUGAGAGGACAGACAAAUGGUUGCUCAGAGGAUGUAAAAGACAUGAUUCUUCUACUUCUCUCCUAUUUUGAUGAGAAAGAGGAGCUCCUCCUUCAUUAUGUAGAAGAGACAAGCCUUGCAAAGGAUGUUGAGUUGGAAAAUCUGCCUGUGACGCCUUGCAUUAUUGUGUGUGGACCCUCCUGCUAUGCUGCUGUUCGAUUCAUGCUCAGUGUGGACCGCCAGAUUGCGAAUGAUGACAUCACUACAUUCAUCACCGCUGUCUGCCUAACGUUUGGCAGUUAUUACUGUUUCAACAUUCACUACCCAUCUGAACUGGCGUCAGUGCUUGAAUUUUUGCAAAGGUGUUUUUUCGUCAUCAAUCCCGAAAAGGGCACAAAGGUUAAGGAAAAGAAGAACAAAAAGCGAGUCCCAGUGAACCCAAGAGUCUUCACCUUAAUCUCUGACCUUUCUGAUCAUGAGUGGCGAGAGACUUUGUAA